AGAUGACAGCAGAUGACUGUAGAUGACACUAGAUGACAGUAGAUGACAGUAGAUGACUGUAGAUCACACUAGAUGACUGUAGAUCACACUAGAUGAGGAUUACACUAGAUGACGGUAGAUGACACUAGAUUACGGUAGAUGACGGUAUAUGACACUAGAUGACGGUAGAUGACACUAGAUGACAGUAGAUGACAGUAGAUGACGGUAGAUGACAGCAGAUGACUGUAGAUGACACUAGAUGACACUAGAUGACGUAGAUGACUGUAGAUCACACUAGAUGACUGUAGAUCACACUAGAUGACGGUAGAUGACACUAGAUGACGGUAGAUGACGGUAGAUGACAGUAGAUGACACUAGAUGACACUAGAUGACGGUAGAUGACAGUAGAUGACACUAGAUGACAGUAGAUGACACUAGAUGACGUUAGAUGACACUAGAUGACGGUAGAUGACACUAGAUGACGGUAGAUAACACUAGAUGACGGUAGAUGACACUAGAUGACGGUAGAUGACAGUAGAUGACACUAGAUGACGGUAGAUGACGGUAGAUGACAGUAGAUGACAGUAGAUGACACUAGAUGACGGUAGAUGACAGUAGAUGACAGUAGAUGACACUAGAUGACGGUCGAUGACGGUAGAUGACAGUAGAUGACAGUAGAUGACUGUAGAUGACGGUAGAUGACACUAGAUGACACUAGAUGACGGUAGAUGACACUAGAUGACACUAGAUGACAGUAGAUGACAGUGGAUUACACUAGAUGACACUAGAUGACAGUAGAUGACACUAGAUGACGGUAGAUAACGGUAGAUGACACUAGAUAACAGUGGAUAACGGUAGAUGACACUAGAUAACAGUGGAUAACGGUAGAUGACACUAGAUAACAGUGGAUAACGGUGUACAUGUGAUUAUAGAGCGAGUGUGUCUCAUAUUCGCGUAUAUAGGACAUGGUUUAUUACCCAUUUUUGGCUUUUUCACAGGAAUGAUAUUUGGUCUUGAUGAGUGAGCAUGCGCAAUGGCAGCCAUCUCAACGGUUGUCAAAGACGCUGGCGGCUGAUUUCAAAAUAAUUUGCAAAAUAAAACGUCCUGGAAAGCUAAAAUGAACUUCGUUUUAUUAAAAUUAGAUGGAAUUAAACAUAUAGUUUGUCAAGACUGAGUUUUAUGAUCAAAUGUGUGUGCGUUUGCUUGUUGCAAGGAAUCUCAAUACGGUGCCAGGAGUGAAGUCACUCAAGUGUAAAUUUAGUUUGGUGAUAUUUUUAGACGUACAGUUUGAUAAACUAGACAAUCUAUAAGGUAAGAUUUACGUGUAUCAACUAAACUGGAUUGACAAUACACUUUGUUUGUUGCACUUUUACCCCAAUGAAGGUUAUAUCCCCAUGUUUCACUGAUCUUGAGGAAAUAUCGUCAUAUCGACAUGAAAACGAGUCAUCGAGGUAAAAUGCAAUAAACAUUAUAUUAUGACUAUGAGUACUGGGUUGCUCCAGAAAAGAUCCACACUCCCACAAAGGACAUUUUUGCAGUCUGGAGAGGGACAGGAGAAAAAAUUGUUUCUGACAAUGUCAUAUCAGACCCAUUUCCUCCACGGACACGUGGCGUACUGGGAUAGUGUAGAGCAGGGCUGGCCUGCUAAAAGGACAUCUUGCUAGGUAUAAAUAUAGUGAUGUGCCAAUAUGUGUAUCGGUAUAUCGGCCCUAAAUCAAAAUAUCAGUAUCGGUAUUUUUGUUGCCGAUAUAAUCAGACUCAGUAUUGUAUUAUUAACAAAUUUAUACAAUAUAUUUUAAAUUUAAAGUAUAUUUUGGAUUCCAUUUGGGUUGUAAUGCAACUCAGUGACUCGAAUGCAUCAAUGUAAAUUUAUUAUAUAGCCAUAUUCAAAGAUAUCAAUGUAUACAUGUAUGAUAAGUGUUAAUCCAUGAUUGGCCACUUAUGAUGAAGUUUCUACAGUAAGUCCAGUUGUCAUUUGUGAAUUUCAAAGUAAAAUAGAAUGUUGGUAUCAGUUAUCAGACAUUGAAUAUUGGAAUAUUGGUAAAUUUCAACACAUAUCCACAUUUUGCCAACAUUGAUGUUACAAGUUCUUGCUUGAAAUCACCAUGACAUGAUUCCAAGCAAGAGGUUCUGUCACCAUAGUUAACCCUUUAAGUGGCAAUGUGCCCAGAUGCACCCUACUUUAUUAUUUUACUUUGUCUAACACCAGAUUAUUAUUGUCAGGGGAGAGUGUUGUUGAACAGGAUUUAUUUUAUGUUUUUAAAUGGAUUAUGCAAGCUCAUGUCCAAGCAGUCAGAAAAAACCCUAGCCAUUUGCACACUAUACUAUACAUUACUGCAGCUGGUGUCAACUGAAUCCAGAUUUAUUUUGUUAGCAGUUAUCAGUUAUGGCUGGAGAACAAGCAUUAUCCCAGACUGAGAUUCUUCAAAAACUAGAACGAGUUGGCAAUUUAGAGUCGGUGGUCACAGAACAGCGCAUGAGAAUGGAAAAACUGAAGACAACAUAUGAAAUGUUAAAAGCUGAACAUAUUCAACUGCAAGAAGUGUGUAAACUGAAAUUCCUUAUUUAUAUACAGACUAAUUUGGACAAUAAUUACGACUGAAUCUAAAUGCAUCAUGCCUGCCCAAAGAAGGGCCAUCAAUCAAAACAUCAAAGUUCUCCUUGUAUUUGUCGGGUGGUUGUAUCCCUAUCAAUCCUAAACUUACAAUACUGGGGCCAGUUGUUCGAAAGGCGAUCAGCUUAACCCUAGGUUUAAAACCUAAAAUUCAAAGCAAACUUCCUGCGAGCUUGUCUAUAAAUUUGGAAAUAUUUCUUCAGAGAUCUUGUUUGGGUCGAUAGGACAUUACUUCUCUGAAGUUUUGAAAUAAACAGACGUGCAGAAAUACACAAACUAAAACAGCAGGUUAAAUUUUACGUAACCCAGGGUUAGUGCUAACCCACGACCAGCCCCUGUGUACCAAUGAUUACAGCUAUAUAUGUAAUUUAGAAAAAUGUAAUUUAUUUGAUCUUUUUUUUAUCCUGAAGCAAAAAGAGCGAAGUGAGCGGGGGUCAAUUGAAGCAAGAGAAGAAAUGAAAGAGAUGCAACGACAAUGCCAGGAUCUUAUCACGAAAGCAAGGGCAGAGAAAGAUGCCAAGAUACAAGAGAAUGAGGAACUCAGAUCUCAGGUUAGGACAAUCCUAUGAUUGUCUUACAUUUACAUAUUCGACAGUAUGCUCUUGUACAUCUGAGUUGUUUAAUUUACCAUCAAUUGUGCUACACCUUCAAUUGGUGAGAAAAAAUCCUCUGACCUUGGCCAUGGGUAAAACAGUUAGGCCUUUAACAUGGCUCUGCACGAAGGGGCACAGCAAUGUAUUUGCAUUAGAAACUGUAUGAAAUGGAAAUGGAAAAGUGUCUGAUAGUGUAUAAAAUAGAUGCCAGUAAUAAGAAGAUCAACUAACUGUGCCACAAUAGGUGCAUAAGGGCACAUUCAUUUGGUAGGUAUGUAUUCAAAUGUAUACAAGUCAUAUGAAAAUGGACAAUAUUUGAAUGCAUAUAGAGAAACAUUUCGGUACAUGUAUGUUAUUAGCGCUUGAACUAAGUGGUAAUUACUACUUUAUAAUGUUUUUUUUGUACACUACUUUUUUAGGUUUUCACACCCCAAAAAAUGGAAAUUUUAAGAAUGCGAUUGCAAAGUGAAAUUGAGCUAUCUUAUCGAAAGGUAUGUUUAACUUACAUGCAUCUGAAGUUAGUGUUACAAGGGACAAUUUUCAUGGACAAUUUGUACUGCAACACAUUGGUGAACCAAUCAAAUUUUGUGUUUACAACAUUAUUUGCAUUACAAUUAGUUGUUUGUUGAAAAUUGUUUCAUGAUUGUAUACAUUGCCUUUCAUAAAUAAUUAAGAUCAUUGAAAAUUUUUAUUGCUUCAACAGAGGUUAGAGACGUUAGAAAAUGAACUUCAGAGGAGUAAAAGGUGAUUAAUUUAAGAAAAAAUAUUGUAUACUGUAUAUGCCUGACAUCAGUGCCGUAGCAAGCUCGAUAAUUGGGGGGCUCAUAUUCAUAUAUUUGUGUUCACAGACCAUAAAAACAUUCGAUUUCAAAAGAAAUUAAUAAUACAGAGCACCAAUAUAUGAAUAUGAGCCCCCCCAAUUAUCGAGCUUGCUAUGGCACUGGACAUAUAGUAUCAGUAGCUCAACCUGUCUGCAUCAUAAUUAUUUUUAUAUAUACACUGUUAAUUUCAGGGAGUUAACUUAACUCCGGUGGAGUUAUACUGUACCUCAAAUAACUCCAAAUGUGGAGUAAAAUUAGGUUCAGAAUAAUACCACUGGAGUUAAAUUAACUCCCUGAAAUUUAUAGUGUAUAUAUAUAGCAGUUUGCACCAGGGUCUUAGGAUAGUCACUAAUGCACUGUUCUACAGUAGUACAGUAGUACAGUAUGUAGUUAGUUGUUCAAUCUACAUGCGUAAAAACGAACAACGUGUUCCCAAUUGAUAUCGACAGAUUUGAUGAACAAGGUUGUGCUGCAGCCUCAGAACAAGUUGCCAACAAUGUUAUCAACUCAAAUCUUGCUUGACAAUUCCACAAUCUUUAUUUUCUUUCUGUUUUUGUAAUUGCCUUUCUAAAUAAAAAAUGGAUUUGAUAAGGAAAUUGGCGUCCCUUUUUGCACCCUUUUUGUCAAGGCUAGGAGGGUUGCACACCCCCAGCAGUGGUUUCAAAAUAAGCCAUCGCCCGUCGCAUCCGACUGCAACUCUUCCAUUUGCGACGGCUACUUUCUCUUUUGUGAGUAACUAUAAAUUGUAAUUAAGUGUUUACAAAAUGUUUUGUGAGCAAACAAGCGUGUAUUUCCAGUGGAAUUUCGUCGAAACAUAGCCACAGUCACAGAUUACUGGAUUAGAAGCUAGUUUGAUACGUACGCGUCUCUUGCGUGUUGAGGACAGGCUCAGAGGUUUUCUUGGUAGCUUUUUCUAACAGGUUGUACUUUGUGUAUAAAAUGUCACAUUCGUCUCCAAGAACAAAACAAAAUGGCGGAAAAAACGACAAAGAAAGCCAGCGGAGAUGCAGUCGCUAAUGUUAUUGGACGUUGUUGUUAUAGGCAUUAAUUAUAAGAACAUAAAUUUAACAGUGUUUUAGACCUUUAAAAUAUGAUUCUUUGUGUUUCAAAAGCAAAUGCUGGAAAAUGCAUCUUCUAGAGUCUAGAAGUUUAAAAUUUUCUGGAAGCAAAUUCAAGCAAUAUCAGGGACUGCGGAAUAGGGGGGAGGGCUUUAGCCCCCCCCCCCCCCAAUAAUUUUCCAAACAUAUAAGUGAUUUUUAUAAAAUAAGAAUACUAAACUCUUUUAGAUCAGUUAACAAUAUACUUAUAACAUAUAUAGCCAAGUAUUCAAUCUAUUUCUGGUUGGAUUAAACAAAUGACGGGUAAUAAUUAAACGACUCUUAAUUAAUCUAAUAUUAGAUUAGUUAAGAGUCGUUUAUUAAGAAACUUUUUAACAGCAACUAGUGAAUUUGAUUGCAUUUCCGGGGCUCUGGGAGAUCACAGAUUUCAAAAUUUCCCGGGGGAGCAUGCCCUAGGACCCCCCUAACAAACUCACGCCUUCGGCAUUCGCUAUAUCCCCCCCUAAUCCAAAUAUGGCUCUGUGGUCCCUGAGCAUGCCGUCAGAUCCCCCAAGUUGCGAAGUUCGGCCUUCGGUUGCAACUCCUACUCUGCCCAACGCAACGUCUACUAUGAAAUGUUUUGAAACCACUGCCCCAGUAAAUCUAUCCCUGUUGAAAUAUAUAUGAAAAUUAAUUAGACAUAUGUAUUCGAUCUACGUACUAAAUAAAUGUAAUUAACUUCACUCCUGAAUAUCAUUUAGUGAUUUCAACAAACUUCGUUAUGAUUAUUCGUUUCUGAAGUCUGAGUACGAACAUGAACACUCACAAUAUCAGAGAAUUCAGGAUGAAAUAAAGAGCCAGUAUGAAACACAGGUGAGCAUUUAGCGUAUGGUCAAAAACAAAUUUUGAGUACGGUACCAGACAUUUUCACUUUUACCAACUAUAUCCCUGUUUUUGCAAUGUCCAACAUAUAUUAUGCCAAUCUCGAUCUUGUACAACACUUUAUUUUAUGUUUUUUACCUGGCCAAUGCAAUGUAGAGGACGUCCAAUUUUUUCAUACCCUCAGUUUGUUGACAGUUAUAACCAGACAAAAUAUUACUGGAAAAAUUUUUUUGAAAAUUUCCGAUCAUGCAAACAUCAUUUUGUCGGACAUUUCGUCCGUCUGGCGCAGUAUUGAUAAGGCAAACCAUGGUUUUGAUUUUCGAAGGCCUGGUGCCUUCACGCAUUAAGUGCGUUUCAGCUAGGGGAUGUUUUUCCAUAGAUUGUGAACUUACAACGUGAACGAGACCUCUUGAUAAUGAAACAGGAAGAUCUGAAUGAUUCACAGCGUGUCAGAACAUUGCAGAGAGAGAAUACGCAGGUCGGUGAAAUAUCAAAGUUUCUAGAAUUAUAUGCAGGGGUAGCCAAGUCCGGGGUAGCCAAGUCAGAGGUAGCCAACACAUCAACGGCCCUAUAACCUAAGGUGGAUUCGGAACCCAUUUGAAAGAGGGUGUGUACCCCACCGGUUCACAGGAACAUGACACUUAGCCCCAGAAUUGUUUCCUGUAUUAGAAUGUUUUACAGUAUGUUCAAGCAUAGGGUUCAAGUAAUGCGAGUACAUUUCAGUGCUCUCUUACUCUAUUUCCAAAAACAUGCCCAGUUCUGUUGUGAGUGCAGAUACAUGCAAAGAACAUAAUUUUUAAAGAGCGCUGCACUUAAACGAAUAAGUACGGUGUUACUGCAUUGCACAAUCAUGUACGUAGUUUUGAUAAAUAGAUUACCCUUAUAGCACAGUAAAUUCGCAAUAUUUAACUAUAUGUAUGUAGCUGUUAUGUAGCUGUACUUGCAUUGUUUCUUUUAGCUUAAUCUUAAAGUGAAAAGUCUGCUAAAUGAACUCGAAGAACUGAGAGAGAAACGAGAAACAGCAGGACUACAGUCUGAUCAUGU